AGUGCAUAGCUAGCUGGUAUAAAUGAAGAUCCCGGUAGUGUUUGUAAGCGUGACGCUCCUGUCCCUGCUCGGCUGCUGUCUCGGGAUGGACCCGUACAGGGUGCUCGGCGUGGACCGGUCGGCGGACGAACGGGAAGUCAAGAAGGCGUACCGCCGGCUGUCCAGGGAGUGGCAUCCUGACAAGAACAAGGACCCCGGAGCAGAGCAGAAGUUUAUAGAGAUUAAUCAGGCAUAUGAGGUGCUGUCAGACACAGAGAAAAGGUCCAACUAUGACAACUACGGGGACCCCGACUACCGCGGCCCGCUCAACUUCGGCUCGCGCGACGGUUUCCGCGACAACGGCUUCGGCGGGGGGUUCGGACACCCCUUCCACUUCUUCAACCAGCGGGACCCAUUCAGGACGUUCCAUUUCCACUAUGGGAACCAGGAGUACCGAGAGUCAUUCAGGGACAAGGCGCAGGAAAUGCUGGUCACACUGAACAAGUAUGAGCAGACAGUCCUGCCGCAGAGUAGCGUCAAGCCUUUCCUGCUGGAGGUCUACAAUGACUGGUGCCUGCCCUGUCUGCAGUUGGAACCCAUGUGGGAUAGUCUGGUGGAGGAACUACAGCCUAUGGGAAUUGGGAUGGGGAUAGUAAACAGUGACUUUGCGGCGAAGUUGACACAGCGCCUGGGUGUGUCCCGGCUGCCGGCUAUCGUGGCCGUGGUGGACGGAAGGCCGGUAACGUACGCGGGGGUCAUGACCCGGGACGGCAUCCGCCGCUUUCUGGAGAGACUCCUGCCCGUUAACAUCAUGGAUGUGACUGACUCUAGCUGGAAUGAGUUUUUGUCAGGCUGUCGCCAUGACAACAAGCCCCGUGCUGUCCUGUUCUCCCAGAAGCCCGUUCCCUCCCUGCUGUACCGAGUCGUCAGCUUUGCCUAUCAGGAGCGUGUGGUCUUCGGCUACGCCAACACAAAGGCAGCACAAACUCAGACACUGAGGUUCGACUUCGACGUGGGCAAAGGACCAACACUGCUCAUCUUUAAGGAAGACAAAGACGACCCUGCUGAUCGUCUUGAGGCAGGUGAGAUGCAGAAGGGCUCCCUGAACGCCAAGAUCUCCUCCAAUCUGCACCUGUUCCUUCCAAGGCUCAGUUCUCAAGACAUCUUCAACGAAGUCUGUCCCCCAGACACAUCUCAGACACCUGAAAGGUUGUGCGCCAUCCUCUUCACCUACAAUGAUGCGGACCACAACUUCUUCCGAGACACAUACCGCCAGUACGCAAGGUCGGCCGAGGAGUUUGAAGGUCGCGUGAGCUUCAGCUACAUCUACGAGAAUACCCAGGGUUCCUUUGCGGACAGGUUUGAUGAAGGACUGGAGGUCCUGUCUACGUCAGUCUGUUUGUUGCUGCUGUGGCGGCGUGAGGAGUUCUCAGUGGCGUACGGCUGGUUACCGUCCGGUUGGCAGGGGACCGGCAACGACCACCGGCGCCUCACCUCAGAGCUGCAGACGGUUCUGGAGGGGAAGAAGCGGCUCCCGUUCUCCGCCAAGAUCCCGGAACUCUAUAGGGAGGACCAGCCGGCUCUCAUCAUACAGCUGUUCAGGAAAGUCCGGAACACGUGGUACUUCCUGUGGGACUGGUACCACCACAUGGACGUUAUAGAGUCCACCAUGGUGAUCUCAGUGCUGCUGACACUGUUGAUGGUUGCUGCUGGGGGAUUUGUUCUUUCCAUGGCAAAUAAGGAGAUGCAAAAUGAAAGAAAGCGUGAGAGACGACAGCAGGCUGCUCACAGAAGAAACACUGAUCAGACGUCAGGAGCAAACCUCAGGAAGAGGAGGUAUCUGGAGCUAGAUGAGCUCGUCCCCUCCACCUACGCAAACCUCAUCCUCGACCUUCGACCUGGCCAGCUGACUGUCCUGGUGGCUGUAGGAGAGAAGAACCGGGAGGUGCUUCUCAAAACGUUCGCUCGAGAGGUCUACCCGUAUGCAAGGGAGUCGAAGAUCGCCGGUUUUGGGUUCGUCCUUCUGGAGCGAAACCUGUCGUGGCUGGAGGAGCUGCUGCAGAACACGGCAGACUUUCCCGCGAAAGUCACAGUACAAAACUGCGAGGGAAUCGUUGUAGCGGCGAACGGCCACCGCUUCUACUACCACGUGUUCUAUCCCAAGGAGCGGCGGCAUAACGACAGGGAGAGGCGGCGGGAUUCUCUCGACGGAGACUUUGUCGGAUUGAACGACAGCACGAGUGAAGAAGAAGAUGAGAGGCCGACAGACGCGGCCUGGCUCCUGACUGGAUUAAAUUUCUGGAUGGACAGAUUGUUAGAAGGGACGUUGAAAAAAUACUCGACUGGAGGUUGGCCUGAUGUCAGGUGAUGGAAGGCAGGACACAGGUUCUGUGGUUAAGCAUUUAGUAGUGUUAGUUUUAAGUGAAAUUUCUCCAUCGUUCAUGUGAAGGUUUCAAAAAUUGGUAUUUUAUGAAAACAUCUACUGUAUAUAAUCUGUCCUUUCUGUGACAACAUGACUCAUUUCAAACUUGUCCCACCAAAAGGAAACCAGUGAUAUAAAGAUUACAUACUUGAUGUUUUCAUCAGAAAGACCAAAUGUUCAUGUGAAUAAUAGAUGAAAGUUUAUUUCACUGCAACUCUAGUCCCUAUAAGACUCUGUCGGAAGCUGGAAUUGUUAGAAAUUAGCCAAGUAGGUCGAAUAUUGUACAACAGGAGUUAGUAAGCCAGAAGUCAAAAGUGAGUCACUAUGUUCUUUCAUGAAAGGCUUACUUCAGCACCUACAUGUAUUAGUUUUGAUGUACUACUACUCAGAAUACUGGUAUUGUCUCUCUCGGGUUUGUGCUGAACAGCCAAAUCAAAAAAUAAAUAAUUGGAUACGUUAGAUAACAAUUAGUGGACAUAAAAUUGUGUGACUACUAUUCCAGCUGCCCAUGGAGUCUUGUAGAAGACUUGGUGUAUAGCAUUGUUUUCAAUCUUCUUAAAGAUUUUUGUGUUACAUGGAAAUACUUCUUAUUUAUUGGUCUUAGUGAGAUAGCAGAAAGCUGCUAAGUUUAUUGUGCAAUUAUUCCUUGACACAUGUCUUGAGGAAUGUACUAAUACUUAUGAAUGGAGGUGCAAUUAUUACUGCCAUAAGGAAUGUGCAAUUAUCCUUAAGGAUUCUAAUUGAUACUAUCAAGAGUGUUUAAUAUUUAAACGACAAUGUAAGGUAGCAGUACUGAAUGUAUGACUUAGUACCUUAAAGUAAACAACACAAUCAUGCUUAGCCUAAUAUUACGGCUGGACAUAGUGGAACAUAGUUGUAUGUUCAAGAAUCAGUAGGGUAGUCAUCUAGACAGGACUGUAGUUUGUAUUACUAUUACAGUCAAGCUUUUACAAGUGACCACAUCUACAUAUUAAGGACCACCUGUGGCCACUUUUUUCUUAAAUAUUUUUUUUCCAAUGACACAUGUCAAGCAUUAUGAAUCCUGUCUAUACAGACCAGAUGUUAUGGGCCCUCUGAGUGGUCUUCUUGGACACGUUUGACUGUAAAGGCUACCCACACUGGUAGACCAACUUAGCAUUACUUUUUAAAUGAUCUUUUUAGUACGAUACUAGCAUGGGUACCAUAUUCAGCAGUGACCACUGGCUCAGUCUUUUGCUUGCUUGCCAUGUAUUGAGCAAGCAAAAGAGCCAGCAUUGAUGAGGGAGAAUGGCUCCAAAAGAUUAUGGUCUCCAAAAUGGAAUAGCAAAUUAUCAGGCGAUGCUAGACUAAGUGUACUAGAGUUAGAUAUGUGAGAAUCGACCUUUUAGUUUUAGAAAAAUUUCAAUGUUGAUUGAUCCCACAGAAAGAUGUCAAAAUAUUAUAUAA